ACCUUUAUUUCGACGCGUUUAACCGGCGGACUUAAUAGGGGACGUACUGAGUAGUUUCUCAGAGCUUCCGGUGUUAAGCUCGGCAACAUUCAGGGCAUGUUUUGGGUGUUAUCUUUUCUAGUUAUGUAUAGAUGAAUCGUAGAAUCACACCACAACGCGCAGUGUGUUCUUAGGACAAAAGGGGCUGAGUUAUGAAUACUGUUUUUCGAAAGUUGCAGGUGUCUUUCACACAGCAGCCGUUUGUGUUAAAUGAAGCACUUCAAUUAUGCCGGGCUGCCCCAUCCAUCCAGCAUCCUGUGUGGGGCACAGCUUCUGCAAACCAAAGACAGUAUAGAAGCAUGCCAACCCAUGGGAUUGGGAGGUGGAGACAUCUUGUACCUAAAACAGCACCAAAUAAAAAGAAGGACACACCCCAAAUGAAAAUCAUUGCAGCGACAGAUACAGCGUACGGGACUCUGAAUGUGAAGGUGUCUGGUUAUGACAUGACAGUGGUGGAGCAUUACUCCGAGUACAUCCACAACUUCUGCAACCGGCAUGGCAUCCAAGUGGCAGAAUGUUAUGCGUUGCCAACCAAGAGCACAGAGGUCAUGCUCAUGCCGCAACAAGGCACUAAGAUGUAUGUUGAUGCCAUCCUGAAGACUCAUACACGAAUUGUCCAGUUGAGCAGUCUGAAGGCCACGCUGUGUCCCAUCUUCAUGGAGGUUCUUUUGAAGAAUCAACCAGAAGGAGUUCAGCUCUCUGUGGAGGAGCACACUGAGGCCCAUUUCCAUGGGCGGUUCAAGGCACGUCCAGAGCUGGAGCAGCUGAUGGCUCAGGUGAACUCAAAGGACCUGUGACCUUCUCUGUGACACAGAUGUUACAGCUUGUUAACAAGGGUUAACUGUGUCCUUUUGUUUGUUUGUCCUUUGGCACUCUUCGGUCAGAUGCUUCUAAAUGUGAUCAUUUGCAUUGA